GAAAUUCCACAUUCGGCAGCUGCGAGCGUUCUGGGAUUCCUCCCUUUGGCCUGUUUUGCCCAUGGGCGAAGAAUCCCUCUUCGUUGAUGAGGAGUUUCGAGGUGAUUCUGCCCUGGGUUCCUGUGAUGUACAGGAGUGGCGGAAGCCGUUCAAAUGGAUAAGAGCAGGGAAGAAGCUUCACCCGAAUGCGACCCUCUUCUCGGUGAUACAGGCAGACAAUAUCAAGCAAGGUGAGCUGGGUGAUUGUUGGCUUUUGGCUGCGAUCGCAGUCAUGGCAGACUUUCCUGGACAUAUUAUGAAUCUAUUCGAAAAUAAAGACAUCCCUGACGAUGGCAGAUGUGUGGUGCGACUCUUUCACAUCAGAGAUGGGUGGCAGGAUGUGGUUAUUGACACCUUGCUUCCCUGCGACAAAUAUGAAACUCCUUUGUUUGCUCAGCUCGAAGGGGACAGUGGAAGUCUUUGGGCAUUGCUGCUGGAGAAGGCGUUUGCGAAGUUUGUCGGGAGCUAUGAGGGGCUCAUUGGUGGAAGUACCACUUGGGCGUGGCAGGUCCUCACAGGCCAACCUUGGAUGGCAAGAUGGACGCGAAAGGACGCAGCCUGGACCCGAUGGGAGAUGUGCGACAUACAGGACUGCUUCUCACGAGAGGAAGACAAGGGGAGGAAAGCAGCAGAACAGUGGCGCGUUGAGGGCAUGCGAGGUGGAAGGUGGAAAGGACCAGCUGAAACCCAGAAUGAUGAUGGAAUGUUUGAGGCCUUAGCUUCCUACACUCAGGCAGGUUAUGCCAUCAGCUGCUCCAUUGGGGAGGGCGGUAGUGAGGAGAAGCGGCCUGAUGGUCUUCUUGCAAAGCAUGCUUACUCAGUUCUUCAGGUCUUGUGUGCGUUUGGACAACGGUUGGUGGAGGUGCGAAAUCCCUGGGGAAAGGGUGGCGAGUGGAAUGGACCUUGGUCGGACAACAGCCGAGAGUGGAAGGACCACCCACAGAUUACCGACGAUCUACGAGUUGUGGAAGCAGAUGAUGGGCGCUUUUGGAUGCCAUGGGAUGCCUUUGUGCAUGUGUUUGGCGGGCACAUUGUAGUUUGUCCUGUGACGCUGCCUGUUCCAAUGAACUCGCAGCUGCUUGAUGCUGAAUCGUCGAGGGCCGUGAAGAAGGUGAAGUGUCCGCAAUGCCGGCAGCCCUACACCAAAAGCUGGGUCAUGAAGAUGGAGACGCGUGGCAAAGCUGAUCAGUGGAUUCGCCUUGCAGAUGGAAAGACUUUGUGUUUCCUAUGCCUCCGGGCAACUUGCCGCGCCAGCGAGGAGUACCUCCUACGACUACGAAUUGCUCCUGGAAUUGCUGGGGUGCAUUGUCAAACCAAACUAGCACUUGCUCCUCCCAAAGGACCCCGGAAGGCUCUCUUGGAGGAAUGCAAAUAUGGUGCUGAGUGCUACCGCCGCAACCCACAGCACUUCUACGAGUUUUUUCAUCCCAGCCUGAUGCCUCCAGCACCGCCGUGUGAAAGUGGCUGCGGGCGCUCCGCUGCCUCCGGGUUCAAGACCUGCUGCAAGAAAUGCAUCAGCGCUCCUCCAAAUCUCAAAGUCUCCAUUCCUGGAGAGCAUGCCGAAUUGUCUGGUUUGUACACUGCUUCGGCAACAAGGCGUGAGCACGGUCUGCCGGUGUGGAAGCAAUCAGGGGGGAGAGGCUGGCUCUGGAAGGGGCAUGUUUGGAUGAUGGCGCUGUCAGAAGACAAAGUGGGCGGCACCAGUGGUCUCAUUGCGGAGGACACUGGCGACAGCAUGCCGGUUCGUUCUCCUCACUUGGUAGCUCACUGGCAGGCUGCUGGGCGAGGCGGAUGGAACAAACUUGAAGGUAUGAAGGUGGACAUUGAUGCAGCCGCUGCUGAGAGCCCUACGCAUGAUGAUUUCUGCCAGACCCGCGAAGAGCGAGAAAGUCGCUUGCGGCAGAAGGCAAAUGAUGUGUUAAAGAAGUUUCCCGGGGAGGUCAAGCCCGUUGCGGCGUAGCGAGUCAGCCAACGGUGGAGCACAGACAGGAGUUGUGGAGACACAACUCCAGCCAGCUGCACAAAGUGCAUGCUGCAUGCUUGUUUUAGUGUUUGUGUGAGUGCUGAGAAUUUUCAAGAAAUUCACUUGAUGACUUGAUGGCCUUUGCGCUCCUGAAAA